ACUUACCCCUCUUUGCCAUCUCCCUAAGCUCCUCCCACGGCGCCAACGCCCACCCACUGUGCUCGAUUGGCCUGAUUUGGCUUGUUUAACUUCUAUCUCAUCCUCCCGUGGCUUUCUUCUCUCGCCUUUUCUCCUGCAUGCAGCCCCUGCUUAUAUCUCUCCGUUAUCCAUGUUUUCUUCUUGUUCCUCCCUGUGCUGAUGUGUCCAUUUGAUUCCCUGCACUCCUUUUGUCUAGUAGGGGGAAAGAAAUGCAGGGUAGGUAACUGGCACUGUGGCUCAGUACAGUUUUCCACUCCAUCUAACUUCACUGCCAUGACAGUCUUGCGGACAGACGUGGGUCCUAUACGCUUAUGUAAAAUACUUUCAAAUGUUCUUGACUUGAUUUGCCCGGGACAAUAGAACCACCAUAAUCCCAAAAGUGCUAUAUCAAGCCCAGCUUUUCUUGAGUAGAAUUUGAAAGUACUUGGCGUGUGUUUGACCCAAAUCUGGAGUGUUUGUUUCCAAUGAACCCUUACAUAUGGGCUGCGUUCAGUUGCACUAGGUCUGGAGCAUGACUGCAUGCCUGUGUGCGUCGACUCUGGUUGACAUGGGCCUGAGCUUAGAGAAAUGGAGCUGGAUGUGUGUGUGACUCUGAACGCUCCCUCUUUUCUAUUAUGAAGUCUUUGGUGUGUGCGCCGCUAAUGCUAUGGUAUAAACCGGUGUUCCUCAACCUGCCGUCCACGGGCCGGGUCUGGUCCUUGGGUUGUUGCUUACCAGUCCCUCAGGCGAUUAGUUGUCUGACCCUGAUUCGGUCAACUUUCCAGUGCUCGUUUUAAUGGAUGUGGUCAACCAGGGAAGAAUGGUCAUUUUACGUAAACAGUAGCUUGCAGCCCCCUGGUCCUCAAAAGGUUGAGAAACACCGGUGUCAAGGUUGGUGUCGAUUCCAUUUCAAUUAGAUCAUAACAGGAAGUUAAGAGAUUCCCAUGUUCUUCAUUGUUUCUUACAGAAUUGCAAUAGUGUUAGUGGAAUUGACACCAACCCUGUCUGGUAUGGUAAGCAUGGUUCUGAAAGCAACAGGAGACGAGGCUUAUACAUGUUUUCCUCCUCACGGUUGAUAAAAGGCUACUUAGCUGAAAACGUCAAUGGAUUUGACCUGACCCUCCUCUCUGAAGCUGAAGAGAAAUAACAAGCCGAGUCAUUUUAUAGGUUACUGACUGGUCUGGUGCAGUGAAGUGACACUGAGGGGAAAUGUCCAUGAAGAAAAUAAAGAGCCGUGUAGAGUAUGUUGUUGAAGAUAUUUGUCGGGAAAAAAAUAGCUGGCCUGUUUUAUUUGAAUCGUUUAAUCGUCUAAUCCCCCUCUCUGUGCGUCACCAUUCCUUCGCUCUCUUUUUCUCUCGGUCUCUAUCAUGCGUGUUUUUUAUUUAUCCAUCUUUAGUCUAGAACCCUUUCUCCCCUCCCUCUCACAGCUUUUCACAGUAAAGUACAUUCUUGGCAAUUUGUUUGAUGGUUGUGUGUCAGAUGUUGACUUUGGUGGAUUGUAAAGUUGGUCACUUUCUAUCAUGAUUUGAUUUUUGCCUUCAAAACGAAAGCAGCUGAGCCAAGUGCUCGUCCUGGGUUACACGGAGAGCAGUUAGCGAUUAGAUACUGUAUUCUAGGGUGGAGUAUGGAGAUGUACUGUGUUUCUGUCAAUGCUGUAAAUUACCACAGUUUGACCCAAAUCUGUCUCCGUUGUGAUGCUUCGACAUUGUUUUAGAUGCACAGACACGAGUGUUUGUUUUCGGCGUUCUUUGAUUAAGCACAAAUGCUUGCCAAGGCCAUCCGACGUAUUAAUACAUCUGUUAAUAAACAGUUAGCUCUACACAAAAGAAGACCCAAAACAAAUUUGUCAAGCACUUUUUUAAUUUAUGCGGAAGGCCUAAAUUAGAAUGUGUAUGGGAACGGAAUUAUGCAGUCAUUCUCAGGGGGAGCUUCCUGUAUCGCUGCUCGUUCGAAUAUUAUGGAUGCCAACACUGGAGGAUUGUGGGUAGGAGGAGGCGCACGUCUGUAUGUCUUCUGACAUAGUAUCUCAAAUUCUUAAACACACAUACAAAGCAAAAUUCGUCUGCCCCUGAAUUUCAUGGCCAGGACCUAUGAUUUAAUUGACUAAUUAUGGCGUUGUACUAGUCCAAUAUAGCACAAGGCUAUUUGUUUAUGAGCUGUUUUUAAGCCAACCGUCUCUGUCUGUGUUCAGAAUGCCAUCCAAAUGGGUUUAGAGGGAGAGCGAGAGAGUGCCUGAGGUGUUUGUGGCAAUGGGAGGGUUUGUAUGUCAGUGUUACACUGCACUUUUACACACACACACACACACACACACACACACACACACACACACACACACACACACACACACACACACACACACACACACACACACACACAGACAGAGAGAUGCUUCAACACACUAUCCCUUCUCCCCUGCUUCAUGAGUCAGAAUAGAACUACCAAGUACAGAGAGCUGUAGAUGGGGAGAGGGAGGGGAACAAGAGACGGGGAGAGAGGGUAAAACUUCAAAGGGAAAGCGCGAGACCGGCUUUUUUAUAGACGCAGCAGAAAUUCCUUUUUUAAAUUCAGCCUCCUUGGAAUCCUGUGAAAAUGCAGUAGGAAAGUGCCUGCAGUAGAGAAGGAGAGAUAUCUAGUUUCCAGUGUUCACUGAGGAGCAUGCAGGAAGCAAAGUGCUGUGGAGAGGGACAUGGAGAAGGGGUUUCGCAGUCCAAAAGCUAAAUUAACAGUGUGACUGGGAUUGACUCCAUAUUUUAAUCCUCCAUUGGUCCUUUUAAACCCUUUUACACACACAGAUACGUACACACACACUCCACACUGAAAGCCUGUCACUGCAUGUUGGCCAAACAGUGCCUUUCUUGCAUUACACCGCCACUCAUGCAGAAAGGUAGUCUGGUUCAUGGAGGGGGUGCCCAGAUAAGAGGCUUGGAUCUUAAUACCCCCCCCCCCCCCCAAAUAUUCACUACCCUAAUACCACUCCCUGUUUACUGUUGUCGGGGGGGGGGGGCUGGUCACAGCUACCCCUGCACUGAUUGGAUAAGGGGGAAGAGGGUCUGGCGAACGGGUCCCCCUGGUUGGUGAGAGGAGAGCGGGUACACAUUGUGAUUGGGUGACGGGACAGAGGGGUCCUCUCUGUCGCCAGCCGGUGAAGGGGUUCUCCUGUUUGUGUGGGGAUUAUGGCUCGGCGAUUGGGCGCGCUCCCAGGACUCCGCAGCUGUUCGCGAGAGGAUGGAAGGGGGAGGGACGCCUCGUCUCUGAAUUAGAGGGGUUAGUAGUGCUCAUCUUGUGUGUAUGCGUGUGUCGAGGAGCCUGUACUCUCUCACACACUCCACUCCGGUCUUGCUUUCCUGGCUGUAGCGUGUCAGAGGAGAGGUGAGAGGAAGCAGGUUGAAGUCUCUUUGCAUUGGUCUCAGUUACUCCUGAAGGACUGAGACCAAGAUCUCUCGCCCUCUAUAACGGUCUAUCGAUUUCCUUUUCUUAAAUACAUUGCUUUCUGCCAUUCAUCUGGACUCAAUAGGGUCUUGGAAGGAGAAGAUCGGGAUUUUGGAAUGGUGACGUUCCAACAUCGGGAAAACGUCAUUUUUUUGUGUGUAGUAUCUAGGCUUUCUCUAUGUACUAUGUAAGUGUCUUUGUUUUUUUUAUUUUGUAGUGGAGGAUACUGAUACUUUUGGGACCGGACUUUAUAUCUUCCGCAGAUUCUUGCCAUUUGGGGGAUCGUCCACUAUUGUGUCCCACCCGCCGUGUAGCGAGACCAAAUGGAUUUCCGCAUCUCGGCUUCUGCUCUAGUCGAGAGAAAGAGAGUGAGCGAGAGGGCGAUAAUGGGGAGAGAAGGAUGAAAGGGCGGCCAUCUUUGAGCGCUUUUCUUUCCAAUAUUUACCAAUGGACCGUUGGAGCACUGGUGAUUUAGGGCUAUCUACUGUUGGGUUGGAGUCGGACGCGUAGGGCUGAUCUGUGUGCGAGGACACGCGCCUUCUGUGUUGGGGUGGCUACCGGAGAUGGAGGUGAUGGCGUCUUGCUGGAGGGGCCAGGAGGAGCAGGGGGCCAAAGUGAAGGCCGAGAAGAUCCGAGUGGCCCUGGAGAAAAUCAAGGAGGCGCAAGUCAAAAAGCUGGUGAUCCGGGUGCACAUGUCGGACGAGAGCUCCAAGACCAUGAUGGUGGAUGAGAGACAGACUGUCAGACAGGUGCUGGACAGCCUGCUGGACAAGUCCCACUGUGGCUACAGCCCCGACUGGUCACUGGUGGAGACCAUCAACGAGCUGCAAAUGGAGCGGAUCUUUGAGGACCAUGAGAACUUGGUGGAGAACCUACUGAAUUGGACCAGAGACAGCCAUAACAAACUGAUGUUCAUCGAGCGCAUCGAGAAGUAUGCCCUCUUCAAGAACCCCCAGAACUACUUGUUGGGCAGGAAGGAGACCUCUGAAAUGGCCGAUAGGAAUAAAGAGGCCCUACUAGAGGAGUGUUUCUGUGGCAGCUCGGUGUCAGUACCAGAAAUAGAGGGAAUCCUCUGGCUGAAGGAUGAUGGGAAGAAGUCGUGGAAGAAGCGAUACUUCCUGCUGCGCGCAUCGGGAAUCUACUACGUGCCGAAAGGCAAAGCUAAGGCCUCCAGGGACCUGGUAUGCUUUCUACAGCUGGACCACGUUAAUGUGUACUACGGCCAGGACUACCGCAGCAAGUACAAGGCCCCCACAGACUACUGCCUGGCCCUUAAGCACCCCCAGAUCCAGAAGAAGUCCCAGUACAUCAAGUAUCUGUGCUGUGACGACGUCAGGACCCUCCACCAAUGGUUCAACGGCAUUCGCAUCGCCAAGUACGGGAAACUGCUGUAUGUGAACUACCAGGAGGCCAUGAAGCGCACGGAGGCGGCCUACGACUGGUCCUCCCUCUCCACCUCCAGCAUCCGCUCUGGCUCCAGCUCCGGCUCAGCCAGUCUGCCCGAGUCCCAGUCGAACCACUCGGGCCAGUCAGACAGUGGAGUGGACACGGCCUCUAGCCACGGGCGCUCCCAGAGCGUGGUCAGCUCCAUCUUCUCUGAGGCCUGGAAGAGAGGAACGCAGAUGGAGGAGAACACCAGGAUGAGGGAGUCCACCCGAGGCGCCACUCUCCCCCACCCUGCCCAAACGCACCGCCAGACGCCACAACUGGAACCCCCUGCGUUGGCUGCGCCACAACAGCAGCCGCCUCCCCAGACUCGCAGCAGCUACACCCACGCUCUACCCCCCAAGCCACAGGGGGGUACCUCCCCCCCACUUCAACAGCAACUGCCCCCCCAGAUCCGCAGCAGUUACAACCAGGUCUUGCCUACCCUGCCUCAACAGCCCUCCCCUCCACCGCCCCAACAGCCCUCCCCUCCACCGCCCCAACAGCCCUCCCCUCCACCGCCCCAACAGCCCUCCCCUCCACCGCCCCAACAGCUGCCCCCCCAGAUCCGCAGCAGUUACACCCAGGUCUUGCCUACCCUGCCCCAACAGCUCUUCCCUCCACCGCCCCAACAGCCCUUCCCUCCACCGCCCCAACAGCCCUUCCCUCCACCGCCCCAACAGCUGCCCCCCCAGAUCCGCAGCAGUUACACCCAGGUCUUGCCUUCCCUGCCCUUCCCUCCACCGCCCCAACAGCCCUUCCCUCCACCGCCCCAACAGCCCUUCCCUCCACCGCCCCAACAGCCCUUCCCUCCACCGCCCCAACAGCCCUCCCCUCCACCGCCCCAACAGCAGCCGCCCCAACAGCCCUUCCCUCCACCGCCCCAACAGCCCUUCCCUCCACCGCCCCAACAGCCCUUCCCUCCACCGCCCCAACAGCCCUUCCCUCCACCGCCCCAACAGCCCUUCCCUCCACCGCCCCAACAGCAGCCGCCCCAACAGCAGCCGCCCCAACAGCCCUUCCCUCCACCGCCCCAACAGCCCUUCCCUCCACCGCCCCAACAGCCCUUCCCUCCACCGCCCCAACAGCCCUUCCCUCCACCGCCCCAACAGCCCUUCCCUCCACCGCCCCAACAGCCCUUCCCUCCACCGCCCCAACAGCCCUUCCCUCCACCGCCCCAACAGCCCUUCCCUCCACCGCCCCAACAGCCCUUCCCUCCACCGCCCCAACAGCCCUUCCCUCCACCGCCCCAACAGCCCUCCCCUCCACCGCCCCAACAGCCCUCCCCUCCACCGCCCCAACAGCCCUCCCCUCCACCGCCCCAACAGCCCUCCCCUCCACCGCCCCAACAGCUGCCUCCCCAGAUCCGCAGUAGUUACACCCAGGUCUUGCCCUCCCUUUCACCACCCCCCCAGCUUUCUCCACCACCCCAACAGCUACCCCCCCAGAUCCACAGCAGUUACACCCAGGUCUUGCCCUCCCUGCCCCCCCAGCCCUCUCCACCACCCCCCCAGCUCUCUCCUCCACCACCCCAACAGCUGUCCCCACAGCCCUACAGCAGCUACAACCAAGCUGUGCCCCCUCCACCCCCGCCACCCCCUCCCCCGCCACCCCUGCCUGCCAGCAGCACCCCUCACUACUCGGGCCCCACAGUGUUCGCCAAGUACAGCACCAUCACCCGGCUGCAGAACCAGAACGCCGCCCACCAAGCCGCCAAUCACCACAGGGCGCAAAACAACCACCAAAGCCCACCCAGGGCGUCAGCUCAAGCCCCGCCUUCGCCACAUCAGACGGCUGUCAAACCGCUGGUCAACAACAUCAACGUCCCGCCUCCCCCGCCGCCCCCGCCCCCUCCCCCGCCCUCCAUGCCUGCUCUGGGGUCGGCCAUGGCCGCACUCCGGCUCGGUUCCCCCAGCCCGGCCGGCCUGCCCCAGUUCAUCCCACCACCGCCGGAGAGCCACGGCAUCCCCCCUCCCCCUCCUCCUCUACCGCCCCCAGACCCCAUGCCAGGUCUGUGCCCAUUGCCCUACGGCGCCAACGCCCUCUGGCAGGCACUGGCCCAGAAGUUCCCCAGCGGUCCCCUCCAGGGCCUCUGUCCCCCCGCUGCCAGACUGGUAGAGUCUCCGCCGCCACCGCCUCCUCCCCCGCCACCGCCUCCUCCCCCGCCACCUCCCCCUCCUACCCCACCGCCUCCCCAGAAGCUCUCGGUGCCUCCCCCACCUCCUCCUCCCCCACCUCCUCCUCCCCCAACUCCUCAGCAGCAGUACUCGCCCGCAGCUGCUCCCCACCCUGCCCUACCCAAAACCUUCUCCCCGGGCUUUCUGCUCCACCACAGUGCCCGGAAGACUCUCUACCCUGUUUCCCCCCUCCCCCCCGCCCCACCUGCUGCCCCUACUCCUCCCCCACCCCCGCCCCCUCCUCCUCCGGUGUCAUUGAAGAAGCAGCACAGCCUCCAGAUAGUCCACACCCCCAACCAGCCCCCUCCCACAUUUCCCAAGCAGCACAGCAUCUCCAAGCCGCCACCCAUGUCAUUCACGGCUCCGCCCACCACUACCUCCCUGGUCAAACAGAUGGCAAGCCAGUUCCCAGGGUCCACACUGUCAACCAAUCAACUUGAGAGCGCCAAAGCCCCCCUAUCCCCUCCUGCGGUGAAGGCCAAACCAAGAUGGCAGCCAGGCUGUGGACAGGCCCAGCAACAGGCCUCUGAGUUCCCUCCACACGCUUCUGAGAGCAGCCUGCCGUUCACUCCUCCUCCCCCUCCUCCUCCGCCCCCACCUGCUCCAGUCACCAGCCUUGCCCCUCUUGCUCCACCUCCCCCUCCCAUCACUGGCCCCACCCCUCCGCCUCCCCCUCUCCCCCCCAGCAACCUAUGCUCGCCCCUGAAGAGAUCUCCAUCGGGCUCCUCCACACCCUCCUCAGGCUUCUCUGGCUGGGGGGGCAGGAAGCCCCCGCCCGUCACCCCCCAGAAGGCCUCCAGCAUCAAGUCUAACUCUUCGGCUGAAUACCAGGAGUCCCGCAGGAAUCUUCUCAGCAAGUUCGCCCCCCAGUCCUCCUCUUCCCCCUCCACCGUCCCAUCCUUCCCUGCCGUGUCCUUGGGUAGUUCUCCCUCUAAGGACCCCUCCUCCUCCCCGGCCGCCCCCCCGGCGCCCCCCAAGCCAGGCAAGUUGAACCUGGCCAACCUGCCCCUGGCCCUGCAGGCCAAAGUGGGUCAAGUGGGCCAGCAGCACCAGUCCACCGCCGACUUCCCUCGCGCCGUGGGCUACUUCCCCACUCCCCCACCGGCUUUUGAUCUCUUCCCCCCUCCUCCACUGCCCAGUGACGGCCACGUCGGGGCACCUAAGGUAGCAGUGGUCAACUCCCAGCCAAAAGUACCACCUGCCCCUCCCGGUCCCCCUCCCCCCGCCACCAUUAACUCCUCCUGGGGCAAGGGCUCCCUGAAGAAGGCCCCUCCCCCCACGCUGCAGCGGAACCAGCCGUCUCCCCCGGCCCUGUCCCCGCCUCCCAAGCUGCCCCUGCCUACCUCGCCCUCCAAGGGGAACGGCAACAACGGCGCCCCCCAGCCGGGCAACUUCAUGGACGACCUGAACCGGACUCUGAAGCGCAAGUCGGUGAGCCGGCAGGGCUCGCUCUCCUCGUCCCGCCUGUCCGGCCCCAAGCUGGAGCCCGCCUCGGGCACCAUGGAUGACAUGGAGUUGGCACUGCCCCCUCCACCGCCCGAGUUGCUGUCAGGGGGGAACGUCUCAGGCUAUGCAACGCUACGGCGGGGGCCCCCACCGGCCCCACCCAAGAGGGGGGGCAACACCAAACUGACACACUGACCAGGGGAGUGGUAGAAAGGGAGACUGUUGGAUGAUGCCUACUUUACCUCUCUUGGAGAGGAGCUUCUAUCUAUCAUAUAUCUAUCACACAGGACCGUCAGUGGACAUUGACAAACUGAACUCCUCGUGUUCCAUUGAUUAUGAUGGUGAAUACUUAACCAUGUAAAUAAGGAAACGCCAAACCAUGUAUCAGCUUCUUCUUCGCCGUAUGUUUGUGCCACGUAGUCAGAAAACCAUAAUAACGACUCAUUCAUUCUGCAUUGGUACUGCAUGGACAUGCUGUAAAACAUGAAGCUCUGUGUGUGUGUGUGUGUGUGUGUGUGUGUACCCGUUUUGUGUGCGUAGCCGUGUAUGUGUGCAUAUGCGUCCAUAUGUGUGAGAGCGAGAGAUAAAUGGGGGGCAUCUCAUAAAGGAAGGCCUCUGUAAUAGGGAUUGUUAUUUUGCCUUUGUUUUUAUAUGAAGUUAUUUAAUACAUGAAAGGAUUUUCUUUAUAGUUACGUUUUUAAAAGCUGCAAGUAUGUUGGAGAGAUGCGCAUAAGAUCGAAAAACUUUAAUCAAUGAGAUAAGAAUUCUCAGAGAGUUUUGACAUUUCCUAAGUAUUCCCUGAAUGUUUUACAAGUGUCUCGCUCGGUGACACGCAAAUCGGAAGGACACCUUUUUUCACAGACGAUUGCACUCUCGAAAGAAUCUCCAAAUGGAAAAAAAUGAGAUUCUCUCCUCCCAAAGGCACGAAACCAUGACUGUGCACCUGGUAACAUUUGUGACUGGGAAUAAUUUUUUGUUUGUUAAUUUUUUAUUUAAUGCAUACAAUUUUUUUUGCUUAACUGAAGACUGGAACGGCACGUCGUGUGUAUGUCUUUCGAAUGCCCUGUGGGUUGUGUGCUGUGUUUGUUUGACCUUUGACCUGACCGGCAUCUGAGUCGGGUUCAUUAGGCACCAAGCAGAAGAAACGGACUGUGAAACAGGGAGGGACUCACUGGAUUUGUCCAAUAAGAAACACACAUUUUCGAUUUUCGUUGGGACAUGCUUUAAAAUGUUUGGUGCCUAAUGAACAUCUGCUUCUGUUUAUCUGUACAGUAACAGCUUCUGCUCCCCUCCCAUCAGCCCCUGCCGCCUUUUAGAUUGUCACAUGACAUGGCCUAAAAAUCAUAGAAAUAGAAUGUACAGAGUGGAGGCAGCUAUGCUCCAGGUGCCGUUUACCAUAUACUCAGUUAUUCUCAACAUGGUGGCUAAAAUUGAAGCGACACGUUGUUGCUUUAAGGUACUGAUCAUUGAAUUAUGUUGCCAGUAGCAUUAGACUAGACCUGACUGGCUAAAUUAAUUCACAAAUUCCCGUCUGGCUCGCAUUUAAAAUUGAAUGUUGCUUUCUAUAUCCUGUUUUUAUGGCCUAAACAUCCCAGUGUGGUGCAGUUUCCUGCUUCUCCUGCCAAAGGGCAGUGCAGAGAGGGGGCGGGCGGGGUUCUCGCACCAAUGCCUUCAUUUCAAGGGUGCUAGUACUUAUUGUCCUAAUAAGCCUGGCUAUCAAGGUGCUGACAUCUUAAAAGUUCAAUGUAGGGUGUGUCCCAAUUCUCCACUCUUCUCCCGAAGUGUGACCAUCUUGGAUUGGAUUGAUAGAAGCAUUAGCUUCGGUUUCCACUAUUUUCAGCAAUAGCUACAGUAUAGCGACCAUAACCAAAUAAAGCUGAAUGACUGAACUCAAGUGGACCAUGAAUGUUGAGGGACCACUACUAGACGCAUAAAACAUGCUGUCAUGUUAAUCUUGCUUAUCUAUAUUGCUUCUGCUCUGUAUUGGUGAAGUUGGCUCUAGACGCUGAUCUUGGGUCAGUUGUGCAUUUUUGCUGGUUGGGGGCAGGGAAGCUGAUCCUAGAUCUGUACAUAGGGGAAACUUCACCCCAGAGCCUGUGCAUUUUCAUGAUUGAAUAUCAUCCUUUUCAGGUUGUUGGUUUGCAGUAUGUCAAACUGAAGUAGGCAUUAAAUUAUUGACGUGUUGUGUAUCUGAUUUUGGGGGCCAUAUGAAACUAAAUGAAUAAAACGGGGGGAGAUUGCAGACUAAAUGUCUCUACUUGCCGAAGAUCACAAUAUAGAUGUUUGCAAUCAUACCUCAACCCUGUACUGCUCUCUUGUUUAUCACCAACUCUAUGGUUCAUUUAUUGGUUAACUUAAAGGGGCAAUCUGGGACUCAAACAAACUUUUUUGCACCAACCCCAUUCCUUAGCUAUUUAGCAAUCUAACCACAAACAAUUUAACCAGGGAUGCGAUUCAAUUCGCUUGCACCAUCUGAAGGUAAUUUAAAAUAGAGCCGACAUCGUUAACAUGAAUCCAAUGGAGUAAAACCAGCUUAUAUUUUUAGUUUUGAUUGGGGUAAGUGUAAUUAAGUUCAAGAAUCAAUUUGCUAUCGUUCAUUUAAAAGUCAAAUUGGAUGUACCAAUCCCAGAUUGCUCCUUUAGAAAUUGGUGAUCUUAGGCUUGCUUCCAGGGCAGAGAUUUCCUGAAUUGAUUGGUUGGAAAGGUUGAAUCCUAUGACGGUACUACGCUAAGUCACUAAGCUCUUCAUAAGGCCAUUCUACUGCCAAUGUUUGUGGCUGUGUGCUCGAUUUUUAUACACCUGUCAGCAACGGGUGUGGCUGAAAUUGCCAAAUCCCCUCAUUUGAAGGGGCGUCCACAUACGUAUAUAUAUAUGUUUGUGUAACAUAUAGUUAGUGAAAUCAAUGCAAUUUAAAGGUUGCUGAUACCAAUCCAGUGAUGUCGGAUCAGCGGUUACUUCAAAGAAAGAAGGGUCAAGGUUCAAUUUUUUUAGGCGUCGUGUCCUGUUGUAUUCUAGAAUAGCUAAUUUGUAUACCCGUCACUGGUAUGAUAUACAUUGUGUACAAAACAUUUAGGAAUACUUGCUCUUUCUAUGAGGACUGACCAGGUGAAAGCUAUAAUCCUUUAUUGACGUCACUCGUUAAAUCCACUUCAAUGUAGAUGAAGGGGAGACGGGUCAAAGAAGGAUUUUAAGCCUCGAGACAAUUGAGACAUGGAUUGUGUGCCAUUCUGAGGGUGACUGGACAAGACAAAAGAUUUGUGCCUUUUGAACAGGGUAUGGUGGUAGGUGCUAGGCACACCGGUUUGAGUGUCAAGAACUGCAACGCUGCUGGGUUUUUCACGCUUAAGAUUCCCGUUCGUAUCAAGAAUGGUCCGCUACCCAAAGGAUAUCCAGCCAACUCGACACAACGGUGGGAAGCAUUGGAGUCGACAUGGACCGGCAUCCCUGUAGAACGCUUUCCACGCCUUGUGGAGUCCACGCCUUGAAGAAUUGAGGCUGUUCUGGGUGCAACUCAUUAUUAGGAAGGUGUUCCUAAUGUUUUGUACAAAGUCUGUUUAUCCACAGGCCACCCAAUUUUGUUAUUUUGACUAUCAAAUCAGCUCUAUGGCCAAUAAUUGGGCUGCCUGUUUAAACACAGCCAAACAGCCUUUGAUAAUAAGAUGGACUUUGAAUGCCCUCUUGUGGGCUCCACAUGUCUUGCAUACACAGGAUCACCCUGCAUGCGUCUUUCAAUCAUGAUGGAUAGUAGAUCAUUCAUAGAAAUUAUCGCUUGUAUGUCCCUCUUACAAAACAUGAAAAUGAAUGAUGACUCGCAUUCAGACAAGAGUAAUCAAUUUAAUUGGGAAUGAUCUCUUAUGUUCCAGUGCCACCAUCAGAACCUCCCUGCUUUCCAACGAGUACUGUCAGGGCCUGAUCAGGAGAAUGUCCCGUUCAGAUAGAAAUGUAUGGUGUAGAACAGAUAUGGUUGUCAUUCAGAAUUGUACUGUAUAGAGCUGACAAUUCCCUAUUCUAUCUGCAACUCUCGUAACGUUUCACAUCAUUGAAUACACUCCGGGUGUGUCGUGCCCGAGUCACUCCAGGUGGUUGCCGACGCUGUCGCCCCUUGGGAUCAGUUGAGGCUCCACUUCUUGUCUGGAGAAAGAGUGGCUGGGAAAGCGAGUGGUCUCGGAGAAGCCAGGCGCGGGCAGGACGGGGCCUGCAGCGAUACAUUAUUUUGGUUAGCACAGUGAUUAUUUUGUGUGUUCUAUACAUUGGUGUCAACCGAAGCAGAUUUGCUUUAGCCUGGUCCCUAGAUCUGUUUGUGCCAUCUUGCCAACUGACCAAAGGAGAUAAAAAGAUCGCAAUAACAGAUCUGGGAAUAGGCUAGGUUUGCUUACCCCUGUUCCCUAAUGGUUGCACGUUCAACUGCUGCCUCUUCCUCGUGAAGUUCUGUUGAUAGAGAAUCUGGAUUUAGUUAUUUUGCUGUAUUGCUCAGCUGAAUACUUCAGCUCUGUUUAUACCUGGUGCUAACAUGGAUCCUUUCUCCUGAUUUUGCCCACAUUUCAAGAAAUGUCUACACACAGCCCACGUUAACAUAUGUAGCUUAAGAAACAAGGUUCAUGAAAUUAAUAACUUGCUAGUAACAGAUGAUUCAUAUUCUGACUCUCUCGGAAACUCACUUAGACAAUACAUUUGAUACAGGGGUAGCAAUACAAGGUUAUAAGAAAAAACGACAUGUCAGUGGUGGUGUUGCUGUUAAUAUUCAGAACCACAUUCCUGUACAGAUUUGAGAUGGUCUCAUGUUAAAUACUGUUGAAGUAAUAUGGCUACAGGUUAACCUGCCUCACAUAAGGCCCAUUCUGGUGAGAAGCUGCUAUAGACCACCCAGUGCUAACAGUCAGUAUCUGGAUAACGUGUGAAAUGCUUGAUAAAGUAUGUGAUGGAGGUAUAUUUUCUGGGUGAAUAUUGACUGGCUUUAAUCAAGCUGCAACCCGGUUAUCAUUCAACCUACAAGCGUAGUUACAAACAGCAGAGGAAUGAAAUUAUCAACAUGUAUUGAAUACAUAUUUACUAAUGCUGCAGAAAUGUGCUUGAAAACAGUAUCCAGAUCAUUGGAUGUAGUGAUCCCAAUAUAGUAGCCAUAUCUAGGAAAACCAAAGUUCCGGCCUAAUAUAGUGCAUAAGACGUCAUAGAAUAAGUUUUGUAGUGAUUCCUGUUAAGGUAAAGAAUAUUUAUUGGUCUGUGGUGUGUAAUGAGGAGCAAACCGAUGUUGCACUUGACAGAUUUAUGAAAUUGCUUAUCCCAGUUACUAAUAAGCACGCACCCAUUAAGAAAAUGACUGUAAAAACUUAAAUCCUGGGGAUUGAUGAGGAAUUGAAAAAUGGUAUGGUUGAGAGGGAUGGGGCAAAAGGAAGGGCUGCACAACCGAUUGGCAGACAUAGUGCAAAUUGAGAACUCAUGUGACUAAGCUGGAAAAAAAAUAAACUACACUAUGAAACGACAAAGAAUGAUAGUAAAAAGGCCAACUCAGCUCCAUUGAAUCAGGUGGCUCAUUCAUCACAAAACCGACUAAUAUUGUAAUAACAAUUUUUUUCAUUGGCAAGAUGACACUACAUACACAUCCAAGUCUAUUUGACCGAAUUCUGUAAAGUCAGUGUGGAAGAGGUGAAAAAAAUUGUCUAUCAACAAUGACAAGAAACCAGGGUCUAACAAUCUGGAUGGAAAAUUACUGAGGAUAAUAGCAGACAAUAUUGCCACUCCUAUUUUCCACAUCUUCAAUUUAAUACUACUAGAAAGUGUGUGCCCUCAGGCCUGAAGGGAAGCAAGUCAUUCCGCUACCUAAGAAUAGUAAAGGCCCCUUUUCCUGGCUCAAAUAGCCGACCAAUCAGCCUGUUACCAAACCUUAGUAAAGUUUUGGAAAAUAUUGUAUUUGACCAGAUACAAUGCUAUUUUACAGUAAACAAAAUGACAGCACGCUAUUAGGGAAGGACAUUAAACAAGCACGGCACUUACAUUUUUCAGCCAAACAUCAGUCAUUUGUGUAUGAUAAAAAUAUUGUGGGGGCUGUUUUGUUAGACUUCAGUGUGGCUUUUGACAUUAUCGAUCAUAGUCUACUGGAAAAACAUAUGUUAUGGCUUUACACCCCCUGCUAUAUUGUGGAUAAAGAGUUACCUGUCUAACAGAACAGAGAGGGUGUUCUUUAAUGGACGCCUCUCCAACAUAAUCCAGGUAGAUUCAGGAAUUCCCCAGGGAAGCUGUCUAGGCCCCUUUUUUUAAUCUUUAUUAACCACAUGCCAAAAGCCAGUGUGUAUGUGGAUGACUCAACACUAUACACAUCAGCUACUGAAAUGAUUGCAACACUUUACAAAAAGCUGCAGUUAGUUUCAGAAUGGGUGUCAAGGAAUACAGUUGUCCUAAAUAUUUCAAAACUGAAAGCAUUGUAUUUGGGGCAAAUCAUUCACUAAACCUCAACUAAAUCUUGUAAUAAAUGUGGAAAUUGAGCAAGUUCAGGUGACUAAACCUCUUGGAGUACCCUGGAUUGUAAACUGUCAUGGUCAAAACAUAUUGAUACAACAGUAGCUAAGAUGGGGAGAAGUCUGUCCAUAAUAAAGCGCUACUCUACCUUCUUAACAGCACUGUCUCCAAGGCAGGUCCUACAGGCCCUAGUUUUGUCGCACGUGGACUACUGUUCAGUCGUGUGAUUAGGUGCCACAAAGAGGGACUUAGGAAAAUUGCAAUUGGCUUAGAACAGGGCAGCAUAGCUGGCACUUGGAUGAACACAGAGAGCAAACAUGAAUAAUGUGCAUGUCAAUCUCUCAUGGCUCAAAGUGGAGGAGAGAUUGACUUCAUCACUACUUCUAUUUGUGAGAGGUAUUGACAUGUUGAAAGCACCGAGCUGUCUGUUUUAAACAACUAGCACACAGCUCGGACACCCAUGCAUACCCCACAAGACAUGCCACCAGAGGUCUCUUCAGAACAGACUAUGGGAGGUGCACAGUACUACAUGGAGCUUGAUUCCACAUCAGGUAACCGAUGGAAGCAGUAGAAUCAGAUUUAAAAAACAAAGAUACACCUUAUGGAAUAGCGGGGAUUGUGAAGCAACACAAACAUUGACACAUGCAUACGCACACAUAACAUACGCACUAUACACACACGUACACAUGGAUUUUGUGUCUGUAGAUAUAUGGUAGUGGAGUAUGGGCCCGAGGGCACACGCUUAGUGUGUUGUGAAAUCUAUUGAAUGUAUUGUAAUGUUUUAUUGUAUAACUGCCUUAAUUUUGCCAGACCCCAGGAAGAGUAGCUGAUGCCUUGGCAGCAGCUAAUGGGGAUCCAUAAAUACAAAUAUGCUAUUAAAAUGUCUUAUCUGUCCACUGUGUCUGCAUUGUGACCAUAUUUCCUGGUCCCUUCCUUUAUGCAAACUAUUUCACAGCUAUUCUUAAAAAAUCAUAUAAUUGUAAGACAUGCAAUUAGUCAAUGGUGGCACCUGUCAAUGACUUUAGAGGGUGGAAUGACAAAUGGUUUCUCUGUCAAGUUCUGUCUACACUUGUAAGAUAUCCAGACACAAUGCGUGUCUGACUACCUCUGGAGGUGGGCAGAAUGAUCUGAUCACAAUGUGUCUUGAUUGUCUACACCUGUCAAAAAAUAUGGGCACAAUCAGAAUGUGGACAAGAUCAGGGCAAAUAACUCAAGUUAGAACCAGGUAUAAACGGUUGAUGAUCUAUCCCAAACGGAACCUUAGCCUCUACCUCUAGGCAGUCAAUGUCCAUCUGAAAGGAUUGGAUAGAUGGAAUUGUUGUCAUAUUACUUGUACCUAUCAAAUCCUUAAAGAUCUACACGAGUGUCUUUAGGCCCUAAAAUGGGUUGAUUUUGGGAUUGGGCAUCUCUUAGGGCGUUUUAACACUUGGUCCCGUUCAGCAAAUCUUUGGGAACGGAGUCCGGUUCGCUUACAUUUUUGUGCAGUGUGAAUGCUUCAAAGGAACUCAGACCCCAUGUAACAAACCGAACUGAGACCGUCUUGAGAGGUGGUUCACUUUUUUUUGUGAACCGAAAGCUCUCCAGGUUCACGUAUCAUUGUUUCCACACCAAGCACUAUAAGCUUCUGCAAAACCGUUUCCCCUGCCAUAGCCCCUCACAUUAGUGCCACAAACGAACAAAAAUAUUAUGUGCAGGUUUGGUGAUACAAUUGAGUAUAACAUUUUCAAAUAAAGCAUUAAGAUUUUGUUCUUAACUGACUUGCCUAGUUAAAUAAAAUAAAAAUGUUUAUCUGUAGUUAUUGUUCUGCCUUUUAUCCUGUUACCAGUCAUUUGUACAUUUUGAUUAUAAUUAGUAUGUCUUAUUUUGUAACUAAAUGCAAACUACAUUAUUAGCUUCCAAAAUGUAUGUAGGGACACCCCUGGUUGUCCGAUAACAGGUUCGGAUGGUAUGGCUUGUGUAUUUACCCACAGUGCAUUGAGUAAAUGUUGGGGGGGGAUCUUGGUUAUUUUCUAAGCAUAGGAAUUUGAAUGCAAAGAGGACUCCGACCACAAAAAAGUUGAAGUGAACUGGUAAGAGAGCUGAGACCUCAUUCAAAUCAAAGGACAGUGUGAAUACAAAGAACUGAGUUAAUUUAUCUUUUUUUCACCCCAGAGUUCACUUUAAAGAAGAGUGAGAUGAGUUCUUUUAAAGAGGAAAUCAUGUGAAAACGCCCUUAUGUUCUCUUCAUCUAUUGGGCAUCCCCCUCUCUCUGUCCCUCCCUCUCUCACCUCUUCACUGCUGGACUCGGAGCUGGAGCUGUCCUGGCCACAUUUCAGGGACACAACCUGAGUGACCUCUGCAGUGACGCGAACACGCGCGGUGCAGGAGGCGGCCGGC